AUGCAAUUUAAAGCCACCCUGUCAUUGGCCAGUGGAUUAGAUGACCACGUGGUGCCCUGGUAUAUAACCAAGGGUGAACUAAGAAGGUAUCGGCAGUUCUGCUCGGAACAUAGACAGAAGUGCAAAGAUCAUUGUUUAUUAACUUGCGUUCAGCAAAGUGAGUGGAUGAAUAUAAUUGGACCAAUUGAAAUGGUGUACUUCGAUACUAUAACGAGUGUGAACAUUCAGAUGAUCAGGCAUGUCUUUCAUUUGCCUUGCAAACGAGUUAAUUUUGGAGUGGCUAUGAGUCCAAGGAAACCCUCUGAAAGGGAUAUCCUUGAAACACCGUCGACAAAAAUGGUUCUCGAGUUCGGCGAAUAUAACAAAACUAUCGAAGAUAUUUCAUCCAUCUUGUCGGAACGAAAUUACACUUGA